GGGCACUCUGACACCGCCAUAUUGCUUUAGCGUCCUGGCUGAAGGAGAGUAAGGAGAUGAAGGGGAUUCGGGGACUCAGUCAAUUAUCGAGGCGCUUCUAUGGAGCUGCCAGAACAGGCCAAUCUCUUGCAGAGCCCCUAGCUGGCCUCAAGCUCUGUCCAGAGUCUGCCAACUCUUUUCAGGAUGUCCAUGUGACUAGGCUGCCCAGUGGACUGGUGAUCGCUUCCCUGGAAAACUACUCACCCGCUUCCAAGAUUGGCGUGUUUGUGAAGGCUGGCUGUCGUUAUGAGACCCCUGAAAACCAAGGGGUCACCCACGUCCUUCGACUGGCCUCCAACCUGACUACCAAAGGAGCUUCAGCUUUCAAGAUAUGCCGUGGCAUUGAAGCAGUUGGAGGAAACCUGAGUGUGGUGUCAUCCAGAGAGAAUAUGGUCUACACUGUCGACUGUCUGAGAGAUGACAUCGACACAGUGAUGGAAUAUUUGAUCAACGUGACAACAGCCCCAGAGUUCCGACCGUGGGAGGUGUCUGAGCUCACGCCCAGAGUGAAGACGGACAAAGCUCGGGCAGGACAUAGUACUCAGAUAGGUGUGGUUGAAAGUCUCCAUGAAGCCGCAUUCAAGAACGCUCUGUGCAACUCCCUGUACUGUCCUGACUACAUGGUUGGCAACAUCCAGUCGGAUGAUCUGCACCAGUUUGUCCAGAAUAAUUUUACAAGCGCAAGAAUGGCUCUUGUUGGUCUUGGUGUGGAUCAUACUGUUCUUAAGCAAGUAGGAGAGCAAUUCCUUAACAUCCGGAGCGGCGCCGGAACGUCAGGAGCCAUAGCCCAGUAUCGUGGAGGUGAGGUCCGUAUGCAGAGCUCUAGUAAUUUGGUCCACUCGGCGGUGGUGAGUCAGGCGGCUGCGUCAGGCACCGGUGAGGCGGUGGCCUUCAGUGUUCUGCAGCACCUGCUGGGAGCAGGUCCCCAUGUCAAGAGGGGCUCCAAUACCACUGGCAAACUGGUGCAGGGCGUUGCCAAGGCAACUGCCGACCCCUUUGAUGUGAGUGCUUUCAAUGUUAGCUACUCCGACUCUGCCUUGUUUGGCGUCUACACCAUUGCCCAAGCAGGAGCUGCCGCCGAUGCCAUCAAGGCUGCUCUUGCCGAGGUGAAGGCAGUCGCUGAUGGUGGAGUUACAGCUGCUGACCUCACUCAGGCCAAAACAUCACUGAAGGCUGCCUUACUGAUGUCUCUGGAGACUACCGAAGGUCUGCUGGAGGCCAUGGGCACUCAGGCUCUGGCGAGCGGCUCAUACCACUCGCCUGAAGAAUUCUCCAAAAACAUUGACAAUGUCUCCCUGACUGACGUGGCCAACGCUGCCAAGAAAUUUGUGUCCGGCAAGAAGACCAUGGCGUCCAGCGGCAACCUCAUCAAAACACCUUUCAUUGACGAGAUUUAAAGCCUUCCUCUUGACGGCAUAACAUCAUGUUUUCUCCACUGUAACAAAAAGUCACCAUUUAUCUGCUAUGUGUAUGAGAGAUAUUGUAUCCAUGCACUCUUUGUCACACAAUUUAAUGUAUAGCUGAUGUAAAAUAAUGAAUAAAGUCUUAUCUGCCUGGUCUGACUGCUUCA